UAGAAAGGGGAAUUCCUGACAAGUUUUGGUGGUUGAUGUACUCCUUAAGUAAUGAUCUCACAAAAAAAAGUCUGGCUGCUGCUAAAGUUCACUGUUGCACUGAAAUUACUAUGGAUGAUUUCCCUGCUAAGGUGCCUAAAUAUACGCUGGGAUCCUAGUAACAUUCUCGGGUACAGAUGGUUGGAUUAUACAGAUGCUGAUUGUGGCCCAGAGAAUGUGUGCAACUGUUCAGCAGUCCUGCAGGGAGAGAGAGAGGCACUGGAGCAGGCCAAAUUACUGACCAGCACUAAAGACUUCCAAAAGAGUGUUCAGAUCCCCAAUGCAUAUUAUAUCAAUGCAAACCUCGACUGCGGGAAAUUCAAGUCAAGCAGAAAAUACUUAACAUUCCCAUUAAGCAGGGAAGAAGAGGACUUCCCUCUGGCUUACUCCAUGGUUGUGCAUCAUAAGGUGCAGAACUUUGAGCAACUGCUGCGAGCCAUCUAUGCACCUCAGAAUAUCUAUUGCGUCCAUGUAGACAAGAAAUCAGAGGCCUCGGUCUUCUCUGCCAUCAGUGCCAUUACUUCCUGUUUCCCGAAUGUCUUUAUGGUCAGCCAGGCUGUGAGUGUGGUCUAUGCUGCCUGGCCACGUGUCCAGGCUGAUCUUAACUGUAUGGCUGAUCUCUAUAACGCUAAAACAAAAUGGAAAUACUUCAUAAACCUUUGUGGCCAGGAUUUCCCUCUGAAAACCAAUUUGGAGAUUGUAAGGGCAUUGCAGUCAUUGAAGGGCAGUAACAGCUUGGAGUCAGAAAAACUGCCUGAAAACAAGCAGUGGAGGGUGUCACAUGCUCACCAGAUAGUUGAUGGACAAAUCCAGCCAACAGAAAAUAUAAAGGAGCCACCUCCCUUCAACCUGUCCAUUAUGUCAGGAAAUGCCUACAUUGUGGUUAACCGAGGCUACAUCCGCAGUGUGUUGGAGGACAACCGUAUCCUGGCACUGAUCGAAUGGGCUAAAGACACCUUCAGUCCUGAUGAAUUUCUCUGGGCAACCAUUCAACGACUCCCUGGUGUUCCUGGCUCAAAGAGGCCCAGCCCCAAAUACGACAUGACGGACAUCAAUGCGAUUGCACGGCUGGUGAAGUGGCGGUUGCACGAAGGGGAGGUGUACCCAGAAUGUCAAGGCAACCAUGUCAGGGAUAUAUGUGUGUAUGGUGCUGGAGACCUGCAGUGGCUGCUUCAACAACAUCACCUCUUUGCCAAUAAGUUUGACACAGACACAUAUCCCAUUGCUGUCUACUGCUUGGAGAAGUAUCUGAGACACAAGGCACUAGCUGAGUUAUUUUAGGUGUAUUGGACAUUUUUCCAGCAAUGAAGAAUGGCUUCAAACACUAUUUCAAUUCUUUUUCUUUUUUUUGCCAAAAAUAUUAAGAGAUAUUUAAAAUAAUUUGCAGUGUAAUGAAGCCAAAGUGAUAAUAAAAAACAGAGAAAUACAAUGACUUAAUAAACCUCUUUUAAAUUUGAGGCAAUAUUGGGAGUGAGUAUCACUUUGGAAUGAUGCAGCUGCAGUCCAAAACCUCUAGCAAACCAUAUC